UACAUGCUACACUAAGUGUGUGUGUGUGUCGGGGUGGUGCACCAUGACACAGUGACCUCUGUCUGGGCAGGCGUCAGGGUGGGCUCUUUAAUUUCCGUAACCUGCCCAAGAAUAGACAGCAAGUGUGACGGGCUGAGUGUGUGAGCAAAAGAGAAAAAGAGUUGAUGGGGGAAGAGAGAAAGGGGGAGUGAGUCCGAGAGAGAGGGUGUGUGUGUGUGUGUGUGUGUGUGUGUGUGUAUCAGAGGGAGAGAGGGGGAGUAGUGCCAGCGCAGUCUGGUCGGUGUUUCCUUCUCCGUCUCGUGGAUUACACUUCUCGCCGCUUGCUGCAUUCCCAUCACGAACGCUGGACGCUGAAGGACUGCGGAGGAUUUUUAUCGGGGCGUGAGGAGUUUUGACGGCAGUCGCAGGACGUCAGGUGGACUUUUGCGGUUGAUUGAAUCCGUUGUAGAGGAGCAUGGAGAUGAACGGCCGUGCCCUGCCGCACGCUAUACCCGAGGAUGCCGAAGCCCCGGAUCGCGGUUUUCACAGAGACCUGAACGGCUACCACCAGAGGCUUCAGGGCGGCGAUGGGGGAGAGGAUGAGGUCCCCGUGUCCAACUCCCAGAGGAGGAAGAGCGAUGUCAAAGUCUAUAAGGAGUUUUGUGAUUUUUAUGCCCGCUUCAACAUGGCCAACGCGCUGGCCAACGCCAUGUGUGAGCGCUGCAAGAGCGGCUUCGCCCCAGCGGAGAAGAUAGUGAACAGCAACGGUGAACUCUACCACGAGCAGUGCUUCGUGUGCGCCCAGUGUUUCCAGCAGUUCCCAGAGGGACUCUUCUACGAGUUUGAAGGCAGGAAAUACUGUGAACAUGACUUCCAGAUGUUGUUCGCUCCUUGCUGCCACCAGUGUGGUGAGUUCAUCAUUGGCCGUGUGAUUAAGGCGAUGAACAACAGUUGGCAUCCAGACUGUUUUUGCUGUGAUAUCUGCCAGGCCGUGCUCGCAGAUGUUGGAUUUGUUAAGAACGCUGGAAGGCACCUGUGCCGUCCGUGUCACAACAGGGAGAAAGCUCGGGGCCUCGGCAAGUACAUCUGUCAGAAAUGUCACGCUAUCAUUGAAGAGCAGCCUCUCCUGUUCAAGAAUGACCCUUACCACCCUGAUCACUUCAACUGCAACAACUGCGGUAAGGAGCUGACAGCUGAUGCCAGGGAGCUGAAGGGGGAGCUCUACUGUCUACCCUGCCAUGACAAGAUGGGUGUUCCCAUCUGCGGGGCCUGUAGGAGACCCAUCGAGGGCCGUGUGGUCAACGCCAUGGGCAAGCAGUGGCAUGUGGAGCAUCACGUGUGCACUGUGUGCGAGCGCCCGUUUCAGGGCCACCCGUUUUACGAGCGCGGUGGUCGUGCCUAUUGUGAGAGACAUUUCGAUAUGCUCUUCGGGGAUGUUUGCUACCACUGCAAUCGUGUUAUUGAAGGAGACGUGGUGUCUGCCCUUAACAAGGCUUGGUGUGUCAACUGCUUUGCCUGUUCAACCUGUAACACCAAGCUCACCCUCAAGGAAAAGUUUGUGGAGGUGGAUCUGAAGCCGGUGUGCAAACACUGCUAUGAACGCCUCCCGGAUGACAUGAAGCGUCGGCUGGCCAAACGCGACCGUGACUCAAAAGACAAAAAGAAGAAACUAUUGAUACCCAUGUGUCUGUGAUCCUCUCUUUCUCCUUUCUUCUUCACUUCAACUUUUCUUCUUUUUGGAACAAGUUUGUGGAGUUUGACAUGAAGCCAGUGUGUAAGAAGUGCUACGAGAAGUUCCCUCUGGAGCUGAAGAAGAGGCUGAAGAAGCUGUCUGAAACCGUCGCACGGAAGUAAAGCGACAGCUAAGCAGCAGGGAGGGACAGAGAGACGAGGCCCAUGCCCUGAACUGCAGUCACAUGAGAUAGAGCUGGUGUGUUUUAUAUUGUUGGUAUGUUACAUUUAGGUUUGCUAUUUUAGUGGAACACUCUUGCUUGAAUACAGUGAGCCUCCAUUUCAUGAACCCAAACCUGGCGUACCGCCCAACAGUCACACGUUGUUGGUCGGGCGGGACUGUUCACACCUGGCAUUAAAGUAUUAACAUGAGUCCUUUUUGGCAAAUUAUUUCAUUUAUUAUCAUGUAGAUUGUGUGUAGUUCAGUCAUAAAAUUGAUAUUAAUUGGCCAUAUAAUCAUAUUAAUGUCUGAUGUUGGCAUCUUACCUAAAAAAAAAAAAAAAGGUCUGUUGACUGAAGUCACACUGUAACUGUUUUCCUGUCAAGUUUUUAUUACAAAUUAUUUCCGUUUCACAGUCUCGCUUCAGGCUGUUAUGUGUGCUUCCCCAAUGAUACACAUUUGCAUACACAGCGCAGAGCUGACAUCUAACACAAAUGGUCACUUGAGGAGGAGACGCAUUCUAACGUCAGGUUUGACUGGACGUACUUAGAGUCGACCACUUGUGAUCAGAUCAUUAAGGACACGUGUUAGUACCAGGUGUGGACAGGACGCUAGUUUAUAGGUUUAGCUUUACCUGUUAAGUGCCUUUCGGCUCAGAUUCUGCAUCGUUAUAUUUUCACCUGCGUGCUUAUUUCACUGCCAGAUAUAUAUUUAGAAUAUAUUAAUAGGAACACAUGAUGGUGUCUGUUGUCGCUUUUAUUUAAUAACAAUGUGCUUUAAGAGAACGUAAAACAUGAAUAUAAUAUAAGGACUUGAAAGUUUUGUUAGCAGGUUGAUCAACUUGACUUGUGAUGCAUAAGAAUAUGUCCCUCCUUUCUGACUGAUGUUACCGAUAAUAUUUCUAUUACAGUCUAGUAAACCAAAGAAAGCUGUUGUACUGAAUGUGUGUAUAUUCUCACUAAUAUUUCCUGUUUUGCACCAUAUAUCAGUUUAUGUAAUAUUAAUUAGUACUUUGCUAAGUAUCAUAAAAAACACUUGUUUGGGUUUCUUUUUACACCUACAUGCUGCAUCGAUGGAUUCAACCAUCACCUGCAUUUUGACUUGUUACAAUAACUGCUAUGCAUCACAAUGUAUGUUCAAACUGCUUUUUAUUGUGUUUUUUUUUAGUUCAUAAUCACAUGCAAAGUGUCAAGAUUAUUAAGUGUAACAUUGAGAUUUUGUUUUAACUCCUUUCAUUUUCAUGAAAUACGCGAGGGCAGUCAAAGAUCACGCCAAAAAAAUCUGUCGUGCAGAAAACAACACAGCUGACACGCCGUCCACAAUUACUGAACACAACACGGUCUGCAGUGGCGAGAUUAUUAGUUAAUUCUGUGUGUUACAACAUGAUAGCUUGUGGCAUGUGCCGAGACCGGAUGUGGGAGUAAUGUUAGAUGUUGGAACAUUUGCCCCUGUUGUCUGUAAUCCACAGAAAGAGAUCCUCUUAGGGUGGGGGUGCUCUGACUUCCUCAGGGCUCAGACUCACUUAGGAAGGAAAGCCAACUGUUCUCGACCUCCAAAUACAAACUUGAAUGGUAUUUUAUCAUAAAAAGCUCCUUUCUCUUCUGAGAGGUUCGGCAGAAAACACAUUCCGCAAGUUUUUAAAUCCAAAUCUGUUACUGUUGUGCAUUUAACUACCAAUGCUGCAACUUACUCAUAUCACGUUAAACUAAAUCUAUCAAGUGGACUGAAUAUUUGUGAAGCAGAACUAGUUCAGUACAUGAUUUUAUUAGAUAUAUUACUACUUGCACAGACACGUACCGUUUUAUUUGUGCAGUAUUUGUCAAGAUGACUCACCAAAGUGUAUGUCUGAGACAGUUGUCAUUAUAUCCGAGGUAUUUCUGUCCAUUCAUCUGAAUAAAUACAUAUGUCAGUAUUAA